CAAGCUGCAAGGUUUCUCUUAUUCUCUUCAGCUCUGUGCUCGCGAAAAUGGCAGUCUCUUUUGCCACGACGACGUACACUCCAAGCCUUCAGCCCCAAGCUAGACUCUCUCCCAGUUGCUCGAUAAAGCAUUUUUCUGGGUUAAAGCCUGAAUCUUUAGGUACUUUUGGAGCUAAAAAUCCAAACUUGACGGUUGAGUUAUACAGCAAAGUUAGUAAGAGCCUUCUGCCCAGGACAGGAAACCACAGAUCAUCACGUGCACAAGUUCGAAUGAUGCCAAUAGGGACACCAAAAGUUCCCUAUCGAACUCCUGGUGAGGGAGGUUGGCAAUGGGUUGACCUGUGGAAUGCUCUGUACCGGGAACGUGUUAUCUUCAUUGGGCAAAAUAUAGAUGAAGAGUUUAGCAAUCAAAUUCUGGCAACAAUGCUAUACCUCGACACUAUUGAUUCGUCCAAAAGGCUGUAUAUGUAUAUCAAUGGACCUGGUGGAGAUCUUACUCCGAGCAUGGCUAUUUAUGAUACUAUGCAAAGCAUACAGAGUCCUGUUGGCACUCACUGUGUGGGCUAUGCCUAUAAUUUGGCAGCCUUUCUUCUUGCAGCUGGUGAAAAGGGUAAUCGAUUUGCAAUGCCACUAUCAAGAAUUGCACUGCAGUCUCCUGCUGGGGCCGCUCGUGGUCAGGCUGAUGACAUACGCAAUGAAGCAAAUGAGCUUCUCAGAAUCAGAGACUACCUUUUUAAUGAGUUGGCAGAGAAAACCGGCCAACCAAUUGAAAAGAUUAACAAAGACCUAAGUCGGAUGAAGCGGUUUAAUGCACAGGAGGCUCUUGAGUAUGGGCUCAUUGAUCGUGUAGUAAGGCCGCCUCGUAUUAAGGCCGACUCACCUAGCAGAGAAGCGGGAACAGGUCUUGGUUAGUACAUAUCUUGGCUUCUCAGUGGCUGAAUUGGCUAACAGCAGCUAUAGUAUUCAAAAUGUUUCUGCAGUUCCGUUUUUCUGUUGUAGUAUCUUCUAUAUAGUCAGAAUUGCUGCAUAGAAACUUUUCAUUCUCUUUAGAAAGCUUUUGGAUGGAACUAUUUUCUGAAAACAAGAUGCUGUAUCAUUUAUGCACCCUCCCAGAGAACAUAAUCUAAAUGGAUAUUUUAUUCUCA